GAGGAAGGAGAAUAAAUACCAUUUGGACACACCAACCCCCCCCACCACCACUCCAAUCCAAAUCAUUCUCCCCAAAUGGCGACGGUGGAUGGAAGACGAGGAGGAGCAAGCAAAUUAACAGGGAGAUCCUGCCCAGGAUCCAAAUCCAAAUCCCAUCCAUGGAACAAUGAGCCAUUCAAAGCGUCCAAAUCUUGCCCAAAAAUAACUCAAGAUUAGAGAAAAAUUAAUUAAUUAAAUUAAUUAAAAAAUUUGUAUAAGAAAAAGUAAUCAUGAUGGAAAUCGGUUAAAUGAAUACAAAGAGUUUCCGAGGGCAGUUCCAAAAACACUGUGCAUCGUGAUUGGGGCUCGAAUCGAAACGUAACGAAUAGAAUAUCGAAUCGAAUCGAAUACAAUCGAUAUCGCAUCGAUAUAAUAUCGAAUCGAAGUCAUCUCGUCGCUUUUUUCUCCCGUCGUCUGUUCUACGCUGCUCUUUCAACAUAAUCAAAUCCUAACUAUGGAUAUUAACAGUUCUAAUUACAAUUAAUUAUCAAUAGAAAUCUACGAUUCAAAUUAAUUACAAAAUACAUAUUCAAAAAUACCCAAAAUACAAAACAAAGAACUCGGCUAAGCCACAGAAAAGCAAUAAGCUGCCUGUGUAAAAAGUAAAUUCUCAUAUCGUCAAUAAAUCGCCUUCCUGCCCUAAGCACUAUAUCAACAAUAAUAAUAACAACAACUAUCAAAGCAACAACAAAUAAAAAAUAAAAUAAUUAACAAUUAAAUAAAUAACAAUAAUAACAACAAAGUCUACCAAAAAGCAAUCGAACAUAGCGAAUAAUAAAUAAAUGUUGUACAUAACUACGGAUACACUGUAAAUAAAUUAAUCUUUGGCCAGCAAAAUUUAGCUAGAAGACAAAAUAUACAAGGAGGGGAAUUUUUUGAAUUAAAAUCAACAAGCCGAGAUACCCAACAAUAAUUAGCAAUAAAAUACAAAUUUGGUUAACAAACAACGGAACACCCCCCUAAAAUAUAACAAAUAAUUAAUUAAAUAUAUUUCUAAAAUAUAAAUCAAAACUGAGGGAGAGAGAGAGAGAGAAGGGGAAAAAGGAUAAGUUGUACGCCCAUUGUGAUUCUUAAUUUUAGACAUAUUAGGCCAAGAAACCAACCAGAAACCAAGAACAAGAGAAUCUUUGCUCAAAAAAAUUAGAAGAAAAAAAUAAAGUAACAGAAAUCGAAAAAAAAAUCGAGCAAAACGACCAAAAAAGGCUGCUUCCAAAGCAACAUUGCAAAAAGCAAAGCAAAAGCAAGAGCAACAUCAGCCGCCCAAGCAUAGCAAGUCUCUUAGUUCAAUUCCAUCCAACAAAAAUAAAAAAAAAAUCAACAAAGAUUCUAAAAUAAAAAAUAAAUACAUUUCUUUUAAUUUCGAAAAGAAAACAAAAGGAUAAGGAAUUUAACUUUCGUCUCUCUCAACUGAAAAGAAAAUAAAUUUCAUUUGGAAACUUCCUCCUCAACGCCAAGGUUUCUUCUCGAAAAUCGCGAGUGCGUUUCAAUAACAACUAUAACUAUAACUAAUACACAUACAAAAUAUUACAAACUAUAACUAUACAAUUUCGAACCGAGGCCAAGGAGGUGCAGACCAACAGCCGCCAAGAUGACCAUGUGGCAGAGUGGCGGCAUGGGAGGCCAUGGCUCCCAGAACAAUCCAUGGAUGAAGCUGAUGGGCAUUGUCCACAAGGAGCGACGCCACACGGACAAUGUCCAGAGCCAGUCGGGUUCCAACGAGCGCAACUUGAACCAGUCUUUGCCCAAAUUGAGCAGUCAAGACGAAGAAGGGGGGGCUGGUCAUGGCUUUGGUGGCGGACCGCAACACUUUGAACCCAUUCCUCACGAUCAUGAUUUCUGCGAAAGAGUCGUUAUAAAUGUAAGCGGAUUAAGGUUUGAGACCCAACUACGAACGCUAAAUCAAUUCCCGGACACACUGCUUGGGGAUCCGGCUCGGAGAUUACGGUACUUUGACCCGCUUAGAAAUGAAUAUUUUUUUGACCGUAGUCGACCGAGCUUCGAUGCGAUUUUAUACUAUUAUCAGAGUGGUGGCCGACUACGGAGACCGGUCAAUGUCCCUUUAGACGUAUUUAGUGAAGAAAUAAAAUUUUAUGAAUUAGGUGAUCAAGCAAUUAAUAAAUUCAGAGAGGAUGAAGGCUUUAUUAAAGAGGAAGAAAGACCAUUACCGGAUAAUGAAAAGCAAAGGAAAGUCUGGCUGCUCUUCGAGUAUCCAGAGAGUUCGCAAGCCGCCAGAGUUGUAGCCAUAAUUAGUGUAUUUGUUAUAUUGCUAUCAAUUGUUAUAUUUUGUCUAGAAACAUUACCCGAAUUUAAGCAUUACAAGGUGUUCAAUACAACAACAAAUGGCACAAAAAUCGAGGAAGACGAGGUGCCUGACAUCACAGAUCCUUUCUUCCUUAUAGAAACGUUAUGUAUUAUUUGGUUUACAUUUGAACUAACUGUCAGGUUCCUCGCAUGUCCGAACAAAUUAAAUUUCUGCAGGGAUGUCAUGAAUGUUAUCGACAUAAUCGCCAUCAUUCCGUACUUUAUAACACUAGCGACUGUCGUUGCCGAAGAGGAGGAUACGUUAAAUCUUCCAAAAGCGCCAGUCAGUCCACAGGACAAGUCAUCGAAUCAGGCUAUGUCCUUGGCAAUAUUACGAGUGAUACGAUUAGUUCGAGUAUUUCGAAUAUUUAAGUUAUCUAGGCAUUCGAAGGGUUUACAAAUAUUAGGACGAACUCUGAAAGCCUCAAUGCGGGAAUUAGGUUUACUUAUAUUUUUCUUAUUUAUAGGCGUCGUACUCUUCUCAUCGGCGGUUUAUUUUGCGGAAGCUGGAAGCGAAAAUUCCUUCUUCAAGUCCAUACCCGAUGCAUUUUGGUGGGCGGUCGUUACCAUGACCACCGUUGGAUAUGGUGACAUGACACCCGUCGGUGUUUGGGGCAAGAUUGUGGGAUCACUGUGUGCCAUUGCUGGUGUGCUGACCAUCGCACUGCCGGUGCCGGUCAUCGUCAGCAAUUUCAACUACUUCUAUCACCGCGAAACGGAUCAGGAGGAGAUGCAGAGCCAGAACUUUAAUCACGUUACUAGUUGUCCAUAUUUGCCAGGUACAUUAGUAGGUCAACACAUGAAGAAAUCAUCGUUGUCCGAGUCCUCAUCGGAUAUGAUGGAUUUGGACGAUGGUGUCGAGUCCACGCCGGGAUUGACAGACACGCAUCCAGGACGCAGUGCAGUGCAGGCUCCAUUUUUGGGAGCACAGCAGCAGCAGCAACAGCAGCAGCAAUCGCAGCCGCAGCAGCAACCUGUUGCAUCGACUUCGAUGUCGAUGUCGCUCGAUAAACAGUUGCAGCAUCCGCUGCAGCAGUCACAGCAGCAACUGUACCAGCAACAGCAACAACAACAACAACAGCAGCAGCAACAACAACAACAGAACGGCUUCAAGCAACAGCAGCAGCAGCAACAGCUGCAGCAGCAUCACACAAUAAGCGCAGCAGCUAGCGCAGCAGCGGGCAGCAGCAGCAGCGGUCUCACCAUGAGGCAUAAUAAUGCCCUGGCCGUUAGCAUUGAGACCGACGUUUGACUACUGGUGCAAAAGACGUUACGUGGUAUAUAUUUGGCCUUGACAGGAGUUACGUUGGAUGCCAGAAACGACUACAAAAGCUGUUUAUAUUUAAUUUAAGUAGAACAAAUAACAAACAAAUUUAAUCUAUUACUAAAUUAAAUUUAAUCUAAAUUUAAA